AAUUUGAUUGGCGGAUUAUACACACAGUGCGUUACAGUAGCCAGCACUUCAAGAGGCAAUGAUGGAUAUAUUUAUGUGAUUGAGUAUUGGUGGUCUCUGUUAUCUAAAUUUUGAUUAAUUUUUCCUUCAGUCGGGUUCCAAAUUCAUUCUCAUUAGUGAGGAAUAUGUUGGAUCCAAAUGAAGAUACUGAAUGGAACGAUAUUUUACGUCAGAAAGGGAUUUUACCACCGAAAAAGAUUGAACCUGAAGAAGAACUUCCUCUACCUCCAGAUCCAAAAUCUAUUUUAGAUAAAUUGACAUCGGAUGAGUUAGAUGAGAAACUUGAUUUAUUGGAAGAUGGAGAGAUUGAUGGUGAAGAGGCUCGUUUUCUUGAAGAAUAUCGACGUAAACGCAUUGCGAUGAUGCAGGAGGUGGCAUCAAAAUCUCGUUUUGGUAAUGUACGGGAAGUCACCAAAGCUGAUUGGACAACCGAAGUGACAAAUGCUGGUGAUACAUUUGUUGUAAUCCAUGUUGGGGAAAAAGGGCAUGGAUUAUGCAGUUUAAUUGACCAACAUUUUCGUAAAUUAGCACAAAAAUUUCCCACAGUGAAAUUUCUUCGUGGUGAAGCUAGCUUAUGUAUUCCAAAUUACCCAACAAGCAACUUACCAUCAAUUCUUAUCUAUAAAUCCGGUGAUUUAAAAGAACAAUUAAUUGGUCCUAAAGCUGUUGGUGGAAAUACUGUCACUUUGAAAGAAUUAGAAUGGCAUUUAGCCAAACUAGGCGUAUUAGAGUCGAAAUUAACUAAAGAUCCAUCGAAAAGAAUGAAUAUUAAACUGGCUCAUAGUAAUCGUAUCAAACAUAUAGGUGGUGAAUUGUCUGAUGACGAUGACGAGGAUCAUGAGACUGACGAUGAUGAUAAUUAAAGAUAAUUUCCAAUAGAGCAAUUGAUAUGAUUUUCUUGGCUCAUGCUCAAAAUCUUGCAGUCUUCUUUCCUUUUCGCGCCAAAAUACUAUUUGUAUGUGUAUACUAAGUUAUUGUUUUUCAACUAAUCUUUCUAUGUUUCCUACAUAUAUUGGGGUUUUCAAUUUUAACAAAUUAUGGAUUAAAUUCAUUCUGCCUUUAAAUUAUUUUGCUUAUAUUGAAUUGAAGUGCUUCGAAUAAUUAUAAUAGCAUUCUAAUCUUUCUGUUACUAUUAUGAACUAUUGGUUGGUCUCCUUUUGCACAUGUGACGCCUGAGCAGAUAACCUCGAUAUCGACAUAAAGUCACAAGUAUUUUUAGCAGAGUUGAGUAGUGUAUAUCAGCGGGAUUCAGGGUACGUGUUUCACUUUAUACAUGACUGUGCAAGUUUCCUUGUUAAAUUUGUUCAUUAGAAAACACACUAAUUAACCAAUCAUAAUGAAGAAGCCAUUUAAGUUUAUCUAAGCGAUAGUAAAGAAUAAUGCGAUAUAAAGAAACAUUUGAUACAUGGAAAAUCGGAUAGAAAAUGCACAUUAUUUUCGAAAAUGGAUGAAUCCACACGCCUUUAUUAGUCCUAUGGCAUUAUGGAAUAUAGAGACUUAUGACACGAUUUUGGUCGUCUCUCUGUUUCAGACUGAUACCGAUGCUCAAGACCCCAAUCCGCUACUGAGUGAUGAAGAGAGCUUAUUGGGCUAAACCGACUAAUACGUAUAAGUGGUUAUAUUCCUUGGAAGACGAAACAGUUUCUUGGCCAAUUAAAUCCACUUGUUAUUAAGUUUUUGACUCGCACAAGGUGGGCUUAUUGGCGAAUCGAAAUUCAUCCACCGUAUGGCUACGUUGUGGAACUCAG